GCCAAAGAGCAUCACGCAGCUGCCGGACGCACCUUUCCAAAGCGCAGACGCACCAAGAGCAGAAACCAUGACUCAGGUUUCCCGUCAAUCGUUCUCCAUGUCCAGUUCUCGUCCCUCCUUCACAUCGCACUCGCUGUCCGGUGGAUACUCCAAGCGCAUCGCUGUCGGACGCGCGCCGAGCGUCUAUGGAGGCGCAGGUGGAUCCAGCGUGCGCGUCUCUUACGCGCAGAACAGCGGGUUUGAUCUGGCCAGCGCGCUCUCCGGAGGUGACAAUGGUUUCGGUGUGACUGCCAACGAGAAGACCACCAUGCAAAAUCUCAACGACCGUCUGGCAGCUUACCUGGAGAAGGUGCGCUCUUUGGAGAAGGCCAAUGCGCAAUUGGAGAAACAGAUCCGCGAGUGGUACGACAAGAGGACACCGGUCACCAGAGAUUACAGCCAUUAUUAUGCCACCAUCGAGGAUCUCCGCAAAAAAAUCUCCGUCGCCAGCAUGGACAAUGCCCGCAUCAUCCUGCAGAUUGACAACGCCAAACUAGCAGCCGAAGACUUCAGAGUCAAGUAUGAGAACGAGAUGGCCAUGCGUCAAUCCGUGGAAGCAGACAUCAGCGGGUUGAGGAAGGUUCUGGAUGACCUGACCAUGGCCCGCUCAGAACUUGAGAUGCAGAUCGAAAGUCUGAAGGAGGAACUCGUCUACCUGAAGAAGAACCACGGAGAGGAGAUGGCUGCUAUUCGCGCUCAGUUGACCUCAAGCUCCGUCAACGUUGAGGUUGACGCUGCACCCCAGCAGGACCUGGCCCGCAUCAUGGAGGAGAUCCGUCAACAGUACGAGGGCAUUACUGAGAAGAACCGCAGAGAAAUGGAAGGGUGGUACAAGAGCAAAUUCGAUGAACUCAACAAGCAAGUAACCACCAAACAAGAAGAUCUCUCGCAAUCCCGCACUGAAAUCAACGAUCUCAGGAGAACGGUACAGUCUCUGGAGAUCGAACUACAGUCUCAGCUUAGCCUGAAAGGAGCUUUGGAGGGCACACUGUUAGAGACAGAGGGAAGGUACGGUCUUCAGCUGAACCAAUUGCAGGCGCAGAUUAACAGUCUGGAGGCGGAGCUUAGCCAGAUGCGCACCGACACCGAGAGACAGGCUAACGAAUACAAAGUGCUCCUGGACAUCAAGACCAGACUAGAGAUGGAGAUCGCAGAGUACAGAAGACUUCUGGACGGAGAGGACAUUCAAAGACAAACAAUCAAGGUUGUAGAGGUUGUAACUCCUACUCCUGCCCCUCCAAAACAACCUGUGAUAACCAAGCGCAUCCGCAGAGUAGUCGAAGAGAUAGUAGACGGAAAGGUUGUUUCGCGCACCGAAGAUGUCGAUGACUUGUGAAGACGACCACAUUACAUAAAGAUUCAGUGAAAGUACUGCAAAAAAUGAAAUAAAUUAUCCCCGUGCAACAUUUCCUGUAACACAUAAAAAAAAUAAAAGAACAAGCUGCGAAAUUAAA